AUGGCCACUCAACGCCACAUUGAACCGUUCGACACUCCCGAACACGAUAUGUAUGUAAAGAACAAAGCACGUUCAGAUAUGAGCGCCGCGAAAGAAGCAUGCCUCGGCAUUCGAGAAAGCGACUGGAUGCCGCGUCCAGCAGAGCCAUCACCGGAAGCCUUCAAACCGAGAUCAUUGGACGAACUCCAAGGCUAUGUUCCGACUAAACUCGAAUUCUUGUUCAAGCACCCAAUUCGAGAGCGAACCAACGAGUGGUUCGCAAGCUUGUAUCUCAGCUUGCGCUCUCGGGCAUACGCGUUUGCAGACUCGAACUUUGGGAUGGACCGGGUCACGCAAUGGCCGGAAGAUAGUCCAUGGUGCAAAGGGUUCGCCGAAAGGUUUAUCGAGUCUGCCAGCAGGACGGUCUGCAGCGACCCUCUAGUUGGUGGAUGGGAUUAUGCCAUCACGGACACUCAUGAGAGAAGACUUCUCGUGAUGGGGAUUCUGUCCAAGGUGUUGAUGGAUGACGUCUUUGAUGUUCUGCUCUUCGGAGCGACAGCGGCGCAAAAGAAGAUACUCGAUAGCCAGGAUGUUGAGUACCUCGACAUGGGCGGCUACAUUCGAUCUGAAGCCCGGGCAAAUGAGGUCAGACUCAUGCUGAGGCACCGCAUCCUUGCUCCGGAGUUCUGGCCCGAGGUAGAAAGAUUGGCUCUGCAGACGACCAAGUUGCUCCUGCCCCUGAUCAAUCUCCAAGGCCAAGCUGCUCCGAAAGGCCCUUUCCCCAGGCUAGUCGAGAUAUACCAAGAGCUACACAACAUUAUCGCCGAAGCCGGCUACCUGUCGACCUGCAUGGCCUGGUCGCCUUCGAUUUUUCAGUUCAGCCUUCCCAACCCAGGACAACCCUGGGAUCUCGGCCAGGAACAUAUUGACUCCACUCCAUAUAAUACUUCCAGGCGCCUGGCCAUCAGACACGAUCAGAAGACGGAAUCUGCGGCAGGAGAAGCGAGCAUGGAAUCCAAUGAGAAAUCCAAGCUAUCAGCCGACCGGGCAGGAGAAGCGAGCAUGGAAUCCAGUGAGAAAGUCGAGCUGUCAGCCGACCGGGCAGGAGAAGCGAGCAUGGAAUCUAGUGAGAAAUCCAAGCUAUCAGCCGACCGGGCACUCAAAGUCAAGAUGGUUUCCUGGCCAUUGCUCAGACGCUACAAACCUCUGGGGCUAGUCAACUACGGCGGCGCACAAAAAGGACAAGACGUUGUCACCCUCGGGAAGAGCGAUGUCGUCUACUAUUGCGGCCUGAACGAGGAGGCCAAGGCAUGGGACGCUGGCGAGGGCGAACCCCUGAAGAAACACGUCAGAAGUGCACGUGCUGCAUCCUGGGGCAGACGCGCCAAGGUACUGUUUGUCGAGGCCAUAUUGUUUCUUCUAUUCCUGUCGCUGUUCUACCACGGCCCAGAGGAGGUACAGAAGUAUCAAGAGUUGCUCGCGCGGGUCAUGCCCGGGAACUGGAGGCACGGGGACCCGUAUGUCAGACCCAGCGCUCCCGAGGCUGGCUUCACCAUGACAAGAUGGCAUCUUCCCCGCCCGACUUACUGGCCGGAUACGAGGCCGGAACUUAAAGCUCCUUAG